AGGAGAUACCCAAGAGCAAUAGUAGGUUUUAGGAAUCUAAUUUCAAUACUGGCUCAAGCAAUGAUAUAUGCGGAUGAUAUCGUACUGAUAGCUGACUUUGAAGAGGCUCUUCAGGUAUCUUUGGAUGAAUGGAAUGAGGAACUGAAGAUAAGAGGUUUACAAAUAAAUCCUAACAAACCCAAAAUCAUAUGUGUCGGAAGAAGAAAUGCAGAGCCUAGGAUUUUGUGUAAUGGUGAACCCAUAGAACUAAAGAAUACUUAUACGUAUCUAGGGACCAUAAUAAGUAAAAAUGAGAAAAUAAACUCAUGAUAAAAUCGAGUGAAGAAGGCUAAUGGAUUGUACCAUCAGAUUUCCAAAACUAUUUUAGGCAAGCAAGAAGUAGAGAGGCCAAAAUACGAAUAUUUAAAUCCGUAUUCCUCCCAGUUCUCCUAUAUGGAUCAAAAAGCUGAACAGCCCUCGACAAGCACACAGGUAGGAUAACAUCUGCUGAAAUGAGAUUCCUCCGAAGAAUAGUUGGUAAGACCAGGAGAGACUGCUUCAGAAAUGAAAGAAUUUGGGAGGAACUGGGUGUUAAAUGAGUGCGCGACACCAUGCAAGAGCGGAAACUAAAAUGGUAUGGAAAUGUCUGUAGAAUGGACGAUGCCAGAAAAGCCAGGUGGUUUUUGGAAGCUAGGCCGGAAGGAAGACGGCUUCUUGGCAUAUCCAGGUGCAUGUAAUCUGAUUUCAUUGGAAAAAUGGGGGCAGCAAGAGGACGAGACAUCCCGGAGAUGUGAAGACUAGCCAGGAACAGGGACCAGUAGACUAGAUGGACUGAAACUGCAACUCCUCGCUUGACGGUACACAGGAAUUAGAGGAAGAAGAAGAAGGUUGACAGAAUGAAUAACUCCUAAUUCACAAUCUUCCAAUAAAACGGUUGUAGUGUUUUUCGUUGAUAAUAUUUUAACUUUUUCUAAAUCAUUAAUAGUUGAUAAUUGAUGGUAAAUAUUUCUGUCAUACUUUCGAAAAAAAAAAGAGAGAAAAAUAAGACAUUUCCUAAAGAAGAAACAGAAAUAUAAUUGACAUUAAUUUAAUGAAAAAGAAGAAGUUAAAAUUGGAGUUAAUCAUUCUGUCAACUGAAAUGCUAAAUUUUAAGAAGGCCAUUAUAAACGUAAUUAGUUUAUUUUUAAUCUCUUGUAAAUUUGAAAGAAUUUUUAAGCGUUUUUGGAAUUUAUAAAUUUAAAUAAAAAAGGAUGUUAUUUGUUCGAGAGCUUUAAAAACACUUGUUAAACUGUUUACAAAUAUUGUGAGGAAGUAUGGAAUUCAGUUUAAGCGUCUGGAUAUUACUUAACAUAUCACGAGUUAGGACAAGUUGUACACGAAGAGAUUGAUUUCAAUAAAAAUAAAACAUUUUAUAUUAAUUGGCUUUUUUUUUCUCAACAAUAUGUUUCGAACAUUGUAUAAUGUCCAUACUUUAUCGUUAAUAUUUAAUUCGCUAUUAAAUGUGACAUAAAGGGAAAUGCUAGGAAGUAAUAAAGACUUAUUAGGUUUUAGUACCUCCUUGGAAAUUCAAAAGUUAUGUCAAUACGUAGGUUACAAUUGUCAGAGAAAAAUUUCAUCAUUUUUGUAGGCUCUUUUAAUUCAAAUCAGUCAUUCAGCACUUAAGGAAUUAUUCUUUCAUGAAGAACCUCUAUGAAAGGGUAUGGGUUCACGAGGAACUGAGCAAGAAUUAUGUAGAGCAUGUUCAGCUUUCAAAUCAUGGGCUAAAGCACAAAAUACUGCUCAGAAACAAGAAAAGGUUGAAGCUUCUCCAUCAAAAAAUAAAAGUUGUCCAUUAGACAUAGAAGAAUUAGGUAGGUCUAGUUGGAAUAUGCUCCAUACAAUGGCAGCUUAUUAUCCAGAGAAACCAACCAAAGAACAACAAUCUGAUAUGAAGAUAUUCUUUUAUACAUUUUCCAAUUUCUAUCCAUGCCAUACUUGUGCUGAGGACUUUCAGAAGGACUUGAAGGAAAUGCCUCCAGAAACACAAUCAGCCGAGAAGUUAUCACAAUGGCUUUGCAAGAUGCAUAACCGUGUCAAUGAAAAACUGGGGAAGCCAAUCUUUGAUUGUAGUAAAGUAUUUGAAAGAUGGAAGGACGGGUGGAAAGAUGGCUCUUGUGAUUAGUAGUAUACUCAUUAUUUAGUCAGUAUUUGUAAAUAUUAUCUGUUUAGUUUGUUGAUUAUUGACUUUUUCAAAUAAAAUUUAAUAUUUCUUGUUGUAAUGUUUAAAACAUUUCUUGUUUUUCAUCAAUUAUUUAUACCUUCUAUAAUUUAUACAUCAACCUUAUAUUUCCUUUUUAGUCACUCAACAAUCUUAAUUAUUUUUAUUUCUAUUAUAAAAAUAAAGUGCUUAUAAGCAAUCAGUUAGAAAAAAAAUUGCCAUUUUGUAUCAUAUUUUAUAUUAUAUCAAU